UGCACUCUUUGUUAUAUCAGCAGAGACUCUUCAUUAAUCCACCAUGAGCACAGCACUAAGCCACAUUUAGCAGAGUAACAGUGACAGGGAAAACUUCCUUUGAGCAGAACCAGACUUAGGUUGAACUGCCGUCUGCUGCCACUCUGUUGGCCUUGCGGAAAAACCUUCAGUGAUGGAGGUUAGAUGUUGUAGACUUCAGACUGCUUUACUGUACCAUAAACAUUAAUCUCUCACUCUCAGAGGGAUACAAGGUUUCCUUCAAGGCUACAAUGGACUCAAGGCUCGGUCCCUGCUUUGGACCCUUCAACACUGACGUGCCAAUCCCGUACUCCUUAGUCGCUCUUAACGACGGCAACGGAUACAACCCUUCCUUGGGUGCCUUCACCGCUCCUCGUUCUGGCGUUUAUCUCUUUUCCUUCACGGUCUACUCGUCUGUGGGGAGUGGGGAGCGCCUGUACCAUCAAAUCCAGAUGAAAAAGAAUGGGGUCGAUAUGGUCGGUGUGUGGGAGAAUAAUCGAGAGGAUGGAGAAGACAGUGCCACUCAGGUUGCCAUACUUGAUCUUCAGAACGGUGAUCAGGUCUACAUGGAGCUGAUGUCCGGGAGGAAGCUCUGUGACCACCUGCAGUACAAUAUCUUCACUGGUUAUAUGGUGUACCCCAGCACUGAUGACUACUAUAGCAGAUGAACAUCCUGGCGCUCUGAGAAUCCGCAAUAACCUUCCACAAGCCCCAUAGUUUUUAGCAGAGAAAAACAAGAAUAAUGUAAACACACAUAGACUUGUGCAUAUAUAUGUAGACGCACACAAAUGGGUACACAAUUUUGUGCAAUGCAGGAACAAAUCAAGUGACACCUUUGGGAGUAUUUGCAUUUCUAAAUGUUUGUGUCAAUAAAC